AUGGAGAGUUUCGCUCUCCGUUCUCUCUCAACCUCCGUUUCUCCAUCAUCACCCUCUUACCUCUCUCUCCGUCGCUCUUCUCCCAAACCAUUCUCUCUUCUUCCACCGUCGAUUUCCCUUCACUCAUCCCCAACCGUUGGAUCACUCUCCAUCUUCUCCCCUCGAUUCACUCCACGCGCCACCGCCUCUUCCUCGCCGCAGAACCAAAACAAACCUCAAUCCUUAUCUUCUACUUCGCCGUCGCAGCCGCAACCGCAACCGCAAGGAGCGAAGCUGAUUCCUCUCGCGAUCUCCGUCUCAAUCGGUCUAAUCGUCAGAUUCAUAAUCCCUAAACCGGAACCAGUAACCUCACAAGGAUGGCAAUUACUCUCAAUCUUCAUCUUCACCAUCUCAGGUCUUGUCCUUGGUCCACUCCCUGUCGGUGCUUGGGCUUUUGUCGGCUUAACCGCUUCAAUCGUAACGCAAACGCUUUCUUUCUCAUCCGCUUUCGCCGCUUUCACCAACGAGCUCAUUUGGUUAAUCGCGAUUUCAUUCUUCUUCGCUCGUGGGUUCAUCAAAACGGGUCUUGGCGAUAGAAUCGCUACUUAUUUCGUGAAAUGGCUUGGGAAAAGCACUCUUGGUUUAUCUUAUGGUCUUGCCUUCUGCGAAACGCUUAUGGGUUUGAUUAUGCCGUCUACAAUGGCUAGAGCCGGUGGCGUUUUCUUGCCGGUGAUCAAAUCUCUCUCUCUCUCCGCCGGAAGUAAACCCGAUGACCCAUCUUCCAGAAAGUUAGGUGCUUUUCUGAUCCAAUCCCAAUUACAGUGUUCAGGUAGUUCUGGUGCGCUACUUCUUACAUCAGCUGGACAAAACUUGUUAUGUCUCAAACUAGCGAGGGAAGUUGGAGUUGUACUCUCGAAUCCAUGGAUCUCUUGGUUUAAAGCGGCGAGUGUUCCUGCGUUUGUUUCUCUUCUUUUAACACCUCUCAUUGUCUACAAGCUUUACCCUCCUGAGCUGAAACACACACCAGAGGCUCCUGCUGCAGCUGCAAAGAAGCUGGAACGGUUAGGUCCCAUCACGAAAAACGAAUGGGUCAUGCUCGGCGCAAUGGCCUUGACCGUCUCUCUUUGGGUUUUUGGGGAGGCAAUAGGAAUAGCUAGUGUUGUAUCCGCGAUGAUCGGUCUAUCGACGCUUCUGCUGUUAGGAGUAGUAAACUGGAACGACUGUCUAAACGAGAAAUCAGCGUGGGACUCGCUCACUUGGUUUGCGGUUUUGAUUGGUAUGGCUGGACAGCUAACAAACCUCGGGGUCGUAGCUUGGAUGUCAGAUUGUGUAGCGAAACUGCUCCAAUCUCUCUCACUGACUUGGCCCGCUUCAUUCGUCAUCCUCCAGGCUUCUUAUCUCUUCAUUCAUUAUCUAUUCGCAAGCCAAACCGCUCACGCAGGAGCUCUCUAUCCCGCGUUCUUGGCGAUGCAUAUCGCUGCAGGAGUCCCGGGGGUUUUAGCAGCGCUUUGCUUGACUUUCAAUAACAAUCUUUCUGGUGCAUUGGCACAUUAUACUGGUGGACCAGCUGCUUUAUACUUUGGAGCUGGAUAUGUAGAACUGAGAGAUAUGUUUAGAGUCGGGUUCGUCGUGGCUAUUUUACAAUCGAUCAUCUGGGGAGUUGUUGGAUCUUUCUGGUGGAAAUUCUUGGGUCUCUACUGA